UUACAAUGCUUCGCUCGUACUCCAUGGAUUCAUUCAUAAGACAAGACUCGCUUCUGUGGGCCGAGACUCUAUAUCGCUGAUCAGUUUAUCCAUAGUGGACUUUUACAUGGAUCUAUAAUUGCACAUUGGAAAAACGGACAGAGGACAUAUUUUAGCGGACUCUGAAUUGGAUCAAUGAGUUUUUAAAAUCCGGAACGUAAGGACUGUUUCCAUUGCAGCGAACUGGAUUUUCUUCUUCAUGCAACUUUUUUGGAAAGAGACCAAGAGCAUCUUACCGGAGCACAAUAAGGAACACAUUAACGGUGACGUCACACUCAUUCCGGGAACUAUAGGUUUUUCACUCGGCUCCUCCGGGGUAAUGUUCCAAGGGUUCCCCGGUGACUUUGAUACCAUCUCCCGUGGAAGUUCGUCCCCGUCUAUUGAGUCUCAGUACCUUUCCUCCGUGGACUCCUUCGGGAGCCCGCCGGCCAGUGCCUCACAGGAUUGUGUGUCUGCUGGAGGCGGGGACGGGGUAGGCAGUGGUUCCGGGGGCAGCAGUGGAGGAGUGGAUAUGCCAGGCUCCUUUGUGCCCACAGUCACAGCCAUCACUAGCAGCCAGGACCUGCAGUGGAUGGUGCAGCCAACUCUCAUCUCGUCCCAGGCCUCUGGCCAAAGUGGGACCCAGUCUGUGUCCCUGGUAGACCCUUAUGAUCUGCCAGGGCCCAGUUAUUCCUCUGGCUCAGGUUUUACUCCCGCAGGCUCUGAGACCCCGGGGCAAGGCCCAGCCCCGGGCCCCAUCCGCCAGUCUAGGACUCGUAGUCGCCGUGUACGAGACGAGUCUGUGAGUGACGAUGGAGAUGUUGGUGUGUUUUUGACUCCAGAGGAGCAGGAGAAGAGGCGUGUUCGGCGCGAGAGGAACAAGCUGGCAGCCGCCAAAUGCCGAAACCGCCGGCGCGAACUCACUGACCGACUGCAAGGGGAGACCGACAUCCUGGAGGAGGAGAAGUCUGAGCUGGAGGCUGAGAUCUCUGAGCUGCAGAAGGAGAAGGAGCGCCUGGAGUUUGUCCUGGUGACUCACGAGCCCAGCUGCAAGAUCCCCUACCAGGAGCAGCAGGCCUCAGGCUCCACACAGCUCCAGCAUCAGCCCCUACUGCCCCAACAGGCCCCCGUCUCCAUCGUGGGCUUGACUGUGGAGGACACUUUCUACCUGCCUCCCGCCUACACCUCGCAGCCUUCUACUUCGCAGCAUCAGCAGCAGCGACAACAGCAGCAGGUUCAUCCGCAGCAACAGGUUCAACCGCAGCAGCAGGUUCAUCCGCAGCAGCAGGUUCAACCGCAGCAGCAGGUUCAACCACAGCAACAGGUUAAUCCGCACCCGGGGAUGAUGCAGGAGGUAGCGUUUUCUAGUUCUUUCUAUGGCUCAAGCGAGCCUGUGCCGGGUGGGCCGUGCCUGGUGGCCGACGGUGGGGGUGGUGGUCACCAUGAUGGCGCGGCCGCUGGCAGCUACAACCCUUCAUACACAUCUUCAUUUGUGUUCAGCUACCCAGAGGGAGCCUGCGGGGUCAGCGCUAACCAGAGAAACAGCAGCAGCGAGCAGUCCUCUGGUUCCCUGAACUCGCCCUCGCUGCUCGCGCUCUGACUGACCGACAGAGACACACACCACGCGCACGCGCCCCUACGCCAAUCACUUAUAUACGGCAAAAAACGGUUGCUCAUGGUAGACGAGGUCAACAACAUGGAUGAACAUACAUUAUAUAAUGAGCCAUACAAAAAUCACACACAUUCAGACCGAGUAAACAUGACAUCAAGCAAAGUUUGACCGCAUAGCAUUUAGUGCACACCGUUGUCCUUAUGAGGAAACUAAAUAUAACUCAUCCAGUAUUUCAAGUGAAUUCAAAUUGAGUCCAAAACUCUGGGCUCUGAGUUGUCAGUCGAUCUGUGAAAACAUUCUCCGACAUCAUACCCAGGUUAAUUCACAAUGAAUCUUUCAACGUCUUGUGACGUGCACGUACAGUGCACACAGUAAAUAGCAACAUGCUCACCUGCGAUCCAACAGGCACACUUGUCCUCCCUAUCGUUCCCUCUGUCGGUCACUCUCACUGCUCCUGCUCUCAUCUUCUUCACCCCUCCUCUUCAUGCUGAAUGUAUUUGUGCAAGCGGAAAUAGGGAAGAAGGACUUAGGUUUGGGUUUUCUUUUGUGAGGCCAGACUGCUGAGCUCUUGCUCUCCCCUCCUGCCUUCCUCAUCUUCUCGGUUCCUCUUGCUUCUUCGUCGUUAGUUGUGACUUGGAAAGGGGAGGGCGUCACAGCCUCCAGCUAUUUGGCUCUCUCUCUUUUUAUCCUGCCGCCUACUCUUCGUCCACCUCUCCAUCUUUGUUUCUCUCCUCUCUGUCUCUCUCUCUCUGAAGUCUUCGAACCCUGAGAGCAUGCCGAGCCCUUCCAGACCCUGGGACCUUGACUGAGCGCCGGCCCACCUCACACGUCCCCCUCGUCCCCCCACAUGGACACAGACGCACCCCCCACUGAGGAGCCUUGGAGUGUUUUGCUCAAAGUAGAGCUUUAAAAAAAAUAAACACAUUGAAAAGACACAAAAUAGGAUGGACACAAAUGCAAAAGGGUUGUCAAUCUUUUCAUUCUUCUCCUGAGCCAUUGUUGGAUGUUGAAACGAUGGAGAUGAAAUGAGACUUGUGUUGCGCUGGUGAGAUGAGGACGGCAGGAGAGUGAGAGAAGAGGCUUUAGCCGAGGUAGAGGUCUAGAGUGAGAGCUGAAACUUUGGCAGAGACAAAGGAUGUACUCUUAAGCCUAAAUUGAAUUUUAAAACACCAAAAAAAAAAAAACACCAAAAAAAAUCCAGCUCUUGCCAACUGUGUGGAUGGGUUACCUCUUACUGGCAUAGUACCACCGCCAUACUGCAAAGUCUCUUCACCCUGGGACCACACAAAUACUCAUACCGUCGCUUUCAAGCAUCUGAAUUGUCCUCCAUUCAUUACUGAUACUGUUGUGUACAAUGUUCUUCCCCCCUCCUUUAUCACCAAGUAUUUUCUGUUGUCGUUUUUAAGUCUUACCUUUGACAGAGAAAAUGUCAUGAUGAAAAGAAGAAAAACCUUGAGAAAGGCAUGUCCUUUUGGUAAAGAGCUUUUUGUCAGACAUGAGUUUAUUGGUAUCAGAUGUGAACCAUUGUUUUUUUUUUUUUAAAGAUACUUUUAAAAGGAAUAUUCAACCAACCUCUGAACAUUGGGAUGAGCGGCCUUUCUUCCUCUCCUAGUGGGAGGUGCAUUUAUUGUGAGUGUAUCCCACUCUGAGCCACUUGGCCUGCUUCUUUCUUUCUUUUGAUUGAGGUUGACACAAUGUUAGAGCACAAUACAGAGGACGGACACACAGAGGAGACGGGAGGAGGGGGUGUUUAUGAGUAUAUGUGUUCUUCAUUUGCCUGUGAAUUUGUUCCUUUUAAUUUUCAAGUGACAUUUGUUAUGUUUUAUGUAUUAAAACAAAAUCAUGUUUGGCUUUGUC